AUGGCCAUGCAAGUCUCAAACCCCACAGGCCUCAGCCUCGGGCAAACCUGCCUGCUCAUCCUGAUCUUCACUUUGCUGCUGCAGUCUCUGUAUGUGGCUGUGAGUUACGUGUACUUCACCAAUGAACUGAAGCAGAUGCAGGACAAGUACUCCAGAAGCGGCACUGCUUGUUUCUUAAAGGAGGAUGAUGACUUGUGGGACCCCAGUGAUGAAGACAGUAUGAACAACCCAUGUUGGCAAGUGAAGUGGCAACUACGCCAGCUUGUUAGAAAGAUGGUUUUCAGAACCUAUGAGGAAAUCAUGCCAGCAGGCCAAGACUCCAAGAAUGAAAAGGCUUUGGGCCACAAGAUAAAGACCUGGGAGUCAUCGAGGAAAGGACAUUCGCUCCUAAACAAUGUGCACUUAAGGAAUGGAGAAUUAGUGAUCCAUCAAACAGGGUUCUAUUACAUUUAUUCCCAAACAUAUUUUCGAUUUCAGGAAGAAGAAACUGAGAAAGCGAUUUUAAAAGCAGAGAACAGAAAGAGAUCCAAACAAAUGGUGCAAUAUAUUUACAAAUACACAAGUUAUCCGGACCCUAUACUACUGAUGAAAAGUGCUAGAAAUAGCUGCUGGUCUAAAGAUUCAGAAUACGGACUCUAUUCCAUCUACCAAGGAGGAAUUUUUGAGCUUCAGCAAAACGACAGAAUUUUUGUUUCUGUAACUAACGAACAGUUGAUUGACAUGGACCAAGAAGCCAGUUUUUUCGGAGCCUUUUUAAUUGGCUAA